AUUCGACGUAAAACCACUCAUCGCUGGCACAUCGGGAUUCUAAAAUUCCAGCUGGCCAUGGUCUAUAUUUUUGCUGGAAUAGCAAAACUUAACAGUGAUUGGUUGUUUGAUGCCCAACCUUUAUCCAUUUGGCUACAGGCACAUCAUCACAUUCCGUUUUUUGGUCAAUACCUCGAAGAAAAAUGGGUAGCCUAUGCCUUUAGUUGGUUCGGUUGCAUCUAUGACCUGUUCAUUGUCUUCUUUUUAUUGAGUCAUCGCUUGCGAAAAUUUGCCUAUUUAUUCGUGGUUAGCUUUCAUAUCAUUACAUGGUGGCUCUUCCCGAUUGGCGUAUUCCCAUGGGUGAUGAUUUUCUCGACAUUAAUCUUCUUUUCCAGUGAUUUUCAUGAACGCAUUUUAGGUGUUUUUAAGUCAUUUUUCCCGAAAAGAUCGAGCAAACUUUUUCCAGUUCUUAAACCGGCAAGAUGGACCCGCUACUUUUUGGUGAUCUAUAUUUUCCUUCAAAUCAUGAUCCCUUUCCGAUACAUGAUGUACCCGGGAGACCUGUUCUGGAACCAAGAAGGCUUUCGAUUCUCUUGGCGCGUGAUGUUAAUGCACAAAGAAGGACAUGCUACAUUUUAUGUUCGAGAUGCGGAGACUGGUCGGGAAUCAGAAAUCAAUAAUGCGAAGUUUCUGACACGCACACAGGAAGAUCAAAUGGCUACUCAACCGGAUAUGAUUCUUCAGUAUGCUCAAAUUCUAAAAGACUAUUACGACGGUCGGAAAUUGCAUUACGGAGAUCAGAAAUUUGAACUUAAGAAUCCUUCCAUUCAUGCAGAAAUUUACGUGAGUUUGAACGGAAGACCGUCACAACUUUUCGUGGCAAAAAAACAUGACUUAUCUUUGUUGCCCUAUAAUUUAAAACAUAGAGAAUGGAUUGAACCGUUCACCCCAUGA